AGCUGGGGAAGCAGGACCUCCCUGGAUGGGAGCAUCCCUGAUGAGUCUGCCCCAGCGCCAUCAAAGCCAGACAAGAGCCCUGGUCCGUGGAAGUCGGUGGGAAGUGACUAGACACAUUGCACACACUUUGUCAGGGUCAAUCCCCAAACUGAAAAUCUGGCCAUAGGGGUGUGUGGACCUGAACCUUAAACGAAAAGGAAUGUGUGUGUUAACCUAUCUGGGUUUGAGUUUUUUGGGUUCCUUCUCAUUUUCUAAGUGAAUUAAAUAUUGGUGGUAGAGUGCUGGAUUGAGAGUCUUGGGCUGGGUUUAUCAACAUAAUUCAGUAAAAUGGCAGUGACAAUCCAAGUUGCUGCUCGCAAUCCUCCAGGUAUCUGUCCACUCUAUUUUGGAAGGGUCAUCUUAAUAGGCUGAGAGUUUCGUUCAGUUUCUGUGUUUGAAUCAGUCCUUGACUUCUGCUGAGACUGUCAACUAGAGUUAGUGGCUUUUUUAUGUGUGAUGUGUACACAGGAUCAUGAGGUACUGGUUUGAGUAAUUACCUGCAGAACAGCCAUCCUGUGGAAGUGGCUUUAUUACUACUUUCCAGGAUUAUAAUGGGCUUAGUGAGUUAAAAAUUCUGUACUUAGUACCAGUUGAGAGACAAGGUGGGUGAAGUAAUAUUAUUUGUUGGACCAGCUUCUGUUGGUGAAAGAGACAACUUUUCAAACCACACAGAACUCUUCAGGAUCUGAGGAAGACCUCUGUGCAGCUCAAAAGGUCGUUAACUUAGUUUCAUCAAUGGUCCAAUAAAAGAUAUUACUGUACCUCACCCAGUUUGUCUCUCCAAUCACUUGGGGCCAACAGCUAUAACAAUGUCAGACAACUAUAAUUAGUUGAAUCAUCUAUUCUACCCAAGAAAGAUUUAGUUUGAAUUUGUCUUUAAAAAGUUAGUUUAAAUCCAUAAAUCUUAAAAAAAUCAAAAUGCCAAUGUACUGUUGUUCCACUUCUAAUAUAAAUAAUAUAGCUACUGACAGCAUAGAACAGGGUGGGCAAUAAUGCCAGACUUUUCAUUUUCCUGCAUGUCUGCAGGCAUAGUUGCUUGCAGGUCCCAUUGGCCACGGUUUGUUGUUCCCAGCCAAUGGGAGCUGCCUGAAAUGGCAGCCCAGCCCACACCACUUCCUACAGCCCCCAAUGGCCGGGAAUGGCAAACUGACCAACAGGAGCUGUGAGCCGCUCUGCCUGCAGAGGUGCAGGUAAAUUGUCUGGUGGACAGCCAGGUCUGGUGAACUUCAGCUGGUGAACUGCAUCCACCCCUAGAAUAGUUAAUUGUAAUUGUGGUGUCAGUCUUUUAAAAUACAUAUUUACAGAAUCUAGGGCACAGUGAAAUAUAGGUUGAACCUCUGUGAUCCAGGAUUCUCCGGUCCAGCAACAUCUGCAGUCUGGCAAGACCACAGAUGUUGUGGGACUGGAGAGCCUUAGUGGCUAAGGUUGCUGGCAGCUUGGAGUGGAGCCAGACAGUAGGACCAGUGGGCAGCAGAGCCUGAAGGGUGCCAAAUCCCACAGCUAAUGGGGUAAUGGAGCCUGCAGCCGGCGGGGUUACUAGGAGCUUUGGCAGGACGGCAGAGCUACUGUAGAUCUCAGUGUUAGGAGCUCUGGCAGGGCUUCAGCAGCUUGCAAAGCUGGGGAGAGGACCCCAGCUGGGAAGCUGGCGCCAGUAAGCUCAGGCUUAUCUGUUCCCAAAAUGGCUACAUGAAGUUCCCAGUCUGGUUCCUGGGGACCUGCCAUCCUGUGUGUAACCGCUGAAAUUUUCAGCAGUUACACAUUUUAUGUAUAGUUAACUGGCAGCGUGGCCUCCACUGGAGCAGCCCUACCCAUGAGGGGCAGGCCUGCCCAUCCCUGUUCAAGCGAUUAACUGGUUAACCAGUUAAACAUUAUGUUUAACUGAUUAAAUGGGAUUUUACAUCCCUAACAUAGUUAAACAAUUACAUGCAUUUUAACAUCCCUAAUAAGGACUGUAUAUUUCAGCAUAAAACUAUGUAUAAGCACUUUUCAUUCAGCAACAUUGUUCAAUACACGGGCAGUAGAGAAUGAGCUAAGGUCUGAUUUUUGUCUGAUAGUAUUUGUUUUUUGCUUUUUAUGUAACUAAUUUGAUCAAUAUUAGAUACAUGUUUUCUACAAAAAUUGUGUCAUUUGUUAAUAGGUGAAAACUAUAUUGUCUGCUUAGAUUAGUGAUCUGAACAUUUUGGUCAGUGGACAUGUGUUGUGUAUACAUCUUAUUUCUCUAGGACUGAACAAACUAAGAAUGAUCUGUUUGUUUGUUUGUUUGUUUGUUUGUUUGUUUUUGUAGGAUGAAUGAAAUGAACCUGAGUUCGGUAGGGAUGGACCAGCUGACCUCAUCUUCUGUGAGCAAUGCCCUGCCUGUCUCAGGAAGUCACUUGGGACUGACUGCAUCACCCACUCAUAAUGCCAUACCAGCACCAGGAUUGCCUGUUGCUAUUCCAAACUUGGGCCCCUCCUUGAGUUCCUUGCCCUCUGCCCUAUCUCUGAUGCUCCCAAUGGGUAUUGGGGAUCGAGGAGUGAUGUGUGGUAUACCAGAAAGAAACUACACCCUACCUCCACCACCUUAUCCUCACCUGGAGAGCAGCUAUUUCAGACACAUUCUACCUGGUAUUUUAUCUUAUUUAGCUGACAGACCACCACCUCAAUACAUCCACCCCAACACUAUAAAUGUUGAUAGCAAUCCGGCUUUAUCGGUCUCCAGUAACCCUUCAGCCCUAGAUCCCUUCCAGCCUGGCGGAACUGUGGGACUGGAAUCAGGGAUUGUCUCCAUGGACUCUCGUGCAGUGAACACACAUGGUGCUCAAAGCCUGCAUCCUAGUGACAGCCAUGAGGUAGCACUGGAUACCACAAUCACUAUGGAAAGUGUUUCAAGGGUAACCAGUCCAAUAUCUACUGAUGGGAUGACUGAGGAGCUUACAAUGGAUGAUGUAGCUGGGGAUCAUUCACAAAUCCCAAAUGGUUCCAGGAAUCAUGAACCAUUAGCUGUAGACACAGUAGGCAGUAACUUGGCUUCAGAUGCAGUGGGUCAUGGUGGUGUCAUACCCAUUCAUGGUAGCAAUUUGGAGCUUCCUGUUGUCAUGGAGCCUGACCACAUUGCAGGCCGGGUAAGCGGUAUAUCGGACAGUACGCUAAAUGACUCCAUACAUACUGUGGCCAUGAGCACCAACUCUGUGAGCGUGGCGCUCUCUACCUCACACAACCUAACUUCCUUGGAAUCUGUCUCCUUGCAUGAAGUGGGCCUCAGUCUUGAGCCUGUGUCUGUGUCUUCCAUAAACCAGGAAGUAGCCAUGGGGCCAGGCCAUGUGGAUGUGUCUUCAGACAAUCUCACCUAUGUACCAUCAUCUCUACAAAUGGAAGACUCCAAUUCAAACAAGGAGAAUAUGGCUACUUUGUUUACCAUAUGGUGCACGCUGUGUGACAAGGCCUAUCCAUCAGACUGUCCAGAUCAUGGGCCUGUAACUUUCAUUCCUGACACCCCAAUAGAGAGCCGAGCCAGACUUUCUCUCCCGAAACAGCUUCUUCUCCGGCAGUCUAUCAUGGGAGCUGAACUAGUCAGUGCCUUUCUGCUGAUAGGUGUGUGGACAAGGGAGACCAUUCCUGUGAGGACAUGCUUUGGACCUCUGAUUGGGCAACAGAGUCACUCUUUGGAAGUAGCAGAUUGGACAGACAAGGCAACCAAUCACAUUUGGAAGAUGUACCACAAUGGCGUCCUAGAGUUCUAUAUCAUUACAGCUGAUGAAAACCAGUGUAACUGGAUGAUGUUUGUACGCAGAGCCCGGAACCGAGAAGAGCAGAAUCUGGUAGCUUAUCCCCACGAUGGAAAAAUGUAUUUCUGUACUUCUCAGGACAUCCCUCCUGAACAAGAGCUUCUAUUUUAUUAUAGUCGGGAUUAUGCUCGACAGAUUGGUGUCCCUGAACACCCAGAUGUGCAUGUGUGUCAUUGUGGAAAGGAAUGCACUUCCUACACAGAAUUCAAAGCCCAUCUGAGCAGCCACAUCCAUAACCAUCUCUCCAGCCAGGGGCAUAGCAGCAGCCAUGGACCAGGCCACAGUAAGGAAAGGAAGUGGAAGUGCUCCAUGUGCCCUCAAGCUUUCAUUUCACCUUCCAAACUUCAUGUUCAUUUCAUGGGACACAUGGGCAUGAAGCCACACAAGUGCGAUUUCUGCAGCAAAGCUUUCAGCGAUCCCAGCAACCUUCGGACUCACCUCAAGAUACACACAGGUCAGAAAAAUUAUCGCUGUGUCCUCUGCGAAAAGUCCUUCACUCAAAAGGCUCACCUGGAAUCGCAUAUGGUCAUCCACACUGGAGAGAAGAACCUGAAGUGCGAUUACUGUGACAGGCUGUUCAUGCGGAGGCAGGACCUCAAGCAGCAUGUACUUACCCACACCCAAGAACGGCAAAUCAAGUGUCCAAGGUGUGACAAGCUGUUCCUGAGGACAAAUCAUCUGAAGAAACAUCUCAACUCCCAUGAAGGAAAGAGGGAUUAUGUGUGUGAAAAAUGCUCCAAAGCUUAUCUAACCAAAUACCAUCUCACUCGCCACCUAAAAAUCUGUAAAGGCCCAACAUCCAGUCUCUCAGCCCAGGAAGAGGAGGAAGAGGAAGAUUCAGAGGAGGAAGAACUAAUAGAGUCAGUAAGGACUGACGACUGCAGGAUUAACAGUGGAGUGUAUUCAACAGAUGACUGUCUCUCAGGCCAUAAGUGAUAAAAGAGAGGGGAAAACUUAAGAUGUAAAAUUGGGGAAGAACAGUCAACCUUUUCUCAAAGGAUCAUGUUUUUAAUCAAUGAACAUUAUAUCCCUAUUUAAUAAACCAUGGCUAAAACUCUGAGAACGGAUGACACACAUGUGUUGACGAGGAACAGUUUCUGGCAAGAAAAAUACACUGUGCACACAGACUUUUUCAUAUAUUGUGUUCAUAAACUCUGACAGGUAAGUAAGAAAGUCAUCUUGCUCCAUUCUUUGGCUGAAAGAAUCAUGAAACAAAAAUGUAAUAUGGUUGCCAUAGGAACCUGUGAACCAACAGACUUGAAAUGCCAAAACCAUAUUUGGGAUUUAAAAGAAAAAAUAAUUGUGUAUUUUGACAUUUUAAUUCAAAGGGAUUGGUUUUGUCUGCUCUCUAGAGCAUAGAUCAGAUUUUAAGUGCUCAGCUUUCCUUCUAGAAGUACAAAUUAAAUGCUUUAAAAAUAAAACCCAUGAACUCAACCCUCAGUAUGGACAAAGCAAUUACCUCAUCACAAAAAUUGUACAGGUGAUCAACAUCUUGCUUUCAGAUAAGUGUUGCCUCUUAAUUUCCAGUUUAGUAGGAGAUGUAACAAACCUAAUGAAUUCUACAUGUUUUCAGUUUUGACAGGUUGAUGUGGCUUUCAGUAUGCCCCACAGGCUUGAAAUUGUCCAGAUAGUGGCUACAGUAUGUAUCAUUCAUUACUGUGCUAGUUAUCUGGGGUGCUGGUGAUAAUGGGAGGGGUUGCUGCUAAUGUAUUUAUGGAAUGAAAAUGUAUUUCAUUCAAAACUGUUUUCCUUUUGGAAAAAUUAAAACAUGGUUUUUUUUAA